CAUAGGUAUGUAUGAAAUCAACAUCCGGUUGACCUUCACCGUCACUGAGCAAAAUGCAAAUACGUUUGGGAUAAAUGCAGCUAAGUUUUCCAUCUUAGAUACGUUUCUUUCUGAUAGUUUGGGCAUUCAUAAUGUAGAUAUACAGCCCCUUUAUUGAAUUAUCUCGUCAUUUGCUGUUUAAUUCGCUAAAUUGUAUGUUAAUGGACAAUUCUAUGGAUAUUGGACAUCACAAUCUGUCAGACCCAGUUGUCAUUUUUAAUGUUGACAUAUCUGUUCUAUUUGAAAAGUGGUAGGAAGUGUUUAGUCUUAACAGUACUCAACAUGAAAACCAAAUAUGCUUCUGUCAUAUCAUUGGAGGUAUAUUAGGUGUUAUGAAAUGGGUGCCUAUAGCCUAUAGGUUUCAUGUACAAUGUAGAGUAAGCCGGAGAUUCAAGUAAAACUUUAUAAUUUCAUCAUCAUUUAAGAGAAUACAUGGUUCUUGAAUUAACCCCAGUGAAUACUCUGAAUGUAAAUGUUUGCGUGUUAUUCUCAUAUUAACAUUGAGAAAUUAUUUCAGGUUCUUGUUGGUCUCCGGUGCCUGGCAAAAGGUGCCUUUUUUUCGGAGGUUGCUGACACACACGGAGUGAGCAGAUCGAGUGUCUGCAGAAUUAUCCAUGGAUUUGUCGAUGCUGUAAUCAACAACGUUGACAAUAUCAAGUUUCCUGUUCAGAGGGAUGACCAGAUGUCAGUGAAGAGGGGUUUCUACAGGAAGUGUAAAUUCCCAAACAUUGUAGGUGCUGUUGAUGGUACUUUAGUACCGAUUCUGGCCCCAACAGCAAAUGAAGAGUCAUUCGUAUGCCGUAAGGGGUUUCAUGCCAUCAAUUGCCAAGCAGUGGCUUCCUCAGACUUGAGAUUCAUUGACAUAGUGGCAAAGUGGCCUGGUUCCUCACAUGAUGCUGGUGUUUUUGACAAUUCGGUGUUAAAGGACUAUCUAGAAGCAGACUUGGAGGCUGUACUUCUAGGCGACAGUGGGUACCCGCUGAGGCGUUAUUUAAUUACUCCUAUUCUGCACCCAUCAAAUGAGAAUGAGGAGAGGUACAACAGACGCCACAAGACUGCAAGAGAAGUUGUUGAGAGGGCUUUUGGUGUUUUGAAGUCAAGAUUUAGAUGCCUACACAGAUCGGGGGGUGUGCUGCCAUUUUCACCAGGAAAGAGCUGUCGGGUUUUUUUAGCCUGCUGUAAACUACACAAUCUGUGUAUUGACAACAAUAUGCCACUUCCUGCUCUCUGCCAACAGUUCCCUCUGUAAACUGAUCAGCUCGUCCGAGCACUGGCAGUCUAUAAAGAUACAUAUUCAAUUUUUUAAGUCAAUGUAUUGAACUGAUAAUGUUUAAAACACCUAUUUGGAAACAAUAUAUUGUAAUGUUAUCUUCAUUCAAACUUUAACAGAUAAAUGGGAUAGAUGUAGUAGGGUUUUCAAUUUAGAAAACAGCAAGUAAUGAAUAAAUUAUGUACUGUACCACUGUAUUGAAUCAGUGUUUAAUAAAAAUGAUUAUGUAAUGAUUCUCAUCAAACAUGUCAUUAUAAAUCAUUUGAAGGAGUUUAUGCAUAUACAAAAUAAAGGAAUUAAGAGGU